AUGGGUAAGGCAGGUAGAUGGAUCAAAAACUUGUUAGGCAAAAAGGAGGAGAAAAUCAACAAGAAAGAAGGUGGCCCCACAUCUCCACCAUGCACCACCGCCAUUAUUCCAGCAACUCCAUCACCUUCUCACCGGAGGAGAUGGAGCUUUAGGAAAUCAAAUAACAAAGAAAUAGUAGUCAAUCACAAGAGUUGCCGAUCAUUUGACUCCAUCAUCACCUCCCAGUUAGUUUCACAAGCUUUGUUCGACUAUGCGAUUCAGCAGCAAAACUACACCACCAUGUUGGUGGUGCCGCCUCCCAAAGCCGCCACAUAUGGACUCCCUCGUGUGGUUUUAGCUGCAGCUGCAACAAGAAUUCAAGCGGCUUUCCGUUCAUAUUUGGCACGAAGGGCGUUGUGUGCUUUACGUGGAUUAGUGAAGCUACAAGCUUUGGUGAGGGGACACUUGGUGCGUAAGCGAACCACAACCAUGGUUAGAUGCAUGAAGGCACUUGUCUCUAUUCAAGUUAGAGCUCGAUAUCAAAGAAUUCAAAUGGUUGAGGAUGUGGAAUCACAAUCCCAUCUUCAUGCCACAAGUAGAAGAGGAUUUGUGAUAGCUCAUGAACGUCGUCUCAGUGCACCACAAUUCGAUCACAAUGACAAUAUCGGACAAUUCGAAAGCAAGACAAGCGGCUUUAUAACUUAUCGACAGUCAUCACGCAGAUUCUCAAUAGAUUCAUUGCCAUGGAAACAAGAAAAUUCACCCAGACUGCAAAAUAAGCCAGUAAACGCGGCUUAUUCUACAGUGUCACAAAUGGGAUCACAAUCACAUCACGAUGAACCCAAUUACAUGACCCGAACAAAGUCUUCAAGAGCAAAAACACGGUCACAAAGCGAACCAAGACAACGACCCACAAAACAAAAACGCGAAAAUAGACAAAAUUCAUCAUCAAAUGAAGCUCUUGGUUCAAAGGUGGUUCGAACCCACAACCAUCAAAAGGUGCACUCGGGUUGUGUGGCUAAGGCUCAUCGGUCAUCAAAAUCGAUCAAUGAUUCUGAAUUCGACUCAGCAAGUACUUGUACUAAUGGCUCAUCUUAUUGUAUAACUCAGAUGACUGAAAAUCUCUAUUAGCAACAAGCCAUAUGCAUGAAAGCUUAGCACCAAGUGAAUCAACAAGGAGUUAAUAGCCGACACAUUUUCAUGACAAACAGUCAAUCGUCAUGUCUGCUAGAUCUAAUUUGGGACAAGACAGGGUGAAAGAGAAAAAAAGUAUUAAGAUGAUAGUUGUUAUUGAUGAUUUAUGUAACAUUGUAAGGAAACAAGAAAUAUUUUUGUAAUAAUAUUCAGCCCCUGAAAACAUAAUUCGCUCUUUAUCUUUAUUAAAAAUAAUAAUACAAUCAAGAACAUGUUUUAGAAACUGAGAUAAUGCACAACACUCGAAAACCUUUUAAAAUUUACAGUGAUGGCAAAGCUUGCUCCUUGAGUGAAUCUUGAACUGCUUUCAAGACAGCUGGCAUAAGUUUGCGAUUGGUAACAAUGAUACCUGUGUCCAGAUCAAGAUACCUUCCUUUUGAAAAGUCUAAAGGCUUUCCGGAAGCAUCCGAGGCAACACCUCCAGCUUCUGCAAUAAACUCAUCAAUUUUUUUUAUAAGA